CGCGUGUGAUACAUACACAACACAACACUCUCUCUCUAUAUUAAAAUAUUAAAUGCUCUCUCACCCACUUUCUUCUACUACAACUGGUGGUGAACAGAGGAACAGAGCGAGAUAGAGACACAAAGAGAGAGAGGAUCUGAUCUCAUUUCAUUUUCCUCGUUUCCUUCUUCUGCGAGGGAAAUUUAAUUGUCUUCUACUUUGAAAUCUUCCCCCAUUUAUUUACUCUUCAAUCAAGAGAGAGAGAGAGAGAGAGAGUAAUAUACUAGUGUUAAAGACGCUCCUUGACACUCUCAAGAAUUGAAUUUCAAAAUUUCAGAGAGAGAGAGAGAGGAUAGAGAGAAACGAUGUUUGCUGCGGAGAAUGGUCUGAAAGGUGAUCCAAGACUCGAAGCUAUAUCAGCAGCCAUUAGAGUUGUUCCUUAUUUUCCCAAGAAAGGGAUUAUGUUUCAGGACAUAACAACGUUGUUGUUGGAUCAUAAGGCCUUUAAACAUACGAUUGACAUUUUCGUUGAUCGCUACAGAGACAUGCAAAUCUCUGUCGUUGCUGGAGUUGAAGCAAGAGGUUUCUUGUUGGGUCCUUCCAUUGCCUUAGCCAUCGGCGCAAAGUUUAUCCCUUUGCGUAAACCAGGAAAAUUACCAGGGAAAGUGAUAUCGGAGUCGUAUGAGCUUGAGUAUGGACAUGACCGUUUAGAGAUGCACGUUGACACAGUUGAGCCAGGAGAACGUGUCAUUAUCAUCGACGAUCUCGUUGCUACAGGCGGCACUCUUUCAGCCGCCAUUAGCCUUAUGGAAAGCCAAGGAGCUGAAGUUGUGGAGUGUGCUUGUGUCAUUGGCUUGCCUGAAGUCAAGGGGCAACACAAGCUGAAAGGGAAGCCGCUUUAUGUGCUGGUGGAGCCAAGUGAAUUAGACGAGUUCUGUUAGGAUACAAUCCGGUUGAGGUUUUUUUCUCCUGGCAGAGUUCAUGUUUCUUUGUUACAGUUUCAUCUUCUUUAUAAAAACUCUUAGGGUUUCAAAUUCAACGUCUUUGUAUUCGUUCUCUGUAGAUUUGAAUUUUGCUGUGUGGUUUUUACUUUUUUUUAUGAGUUUAAAAAGUUAGGACAAUGUGUACUUUUUUGUUAUCUUAAUCAAAAAAAAUGGCUAA